GAGAGAGAGGGAGAGAGAAAGGAUGAGGGACGGAUGUAGGGAAAGAGAGAGAGAGAGUGGUGUGGAGAGAGCAGAGCCACCAAACUAGGGGUGUGUCAAAUGGCUCUCAGCGCUGUGUGAUAAACCUAGUGGAUAUUUCUAUUUUUAACACGCGGUGCUCUGCCCUGUCAACUUGUACGCUGGGGUUGGAGUCGAGUGUUCAUCCAAGCCAGUUGUCACAGCAAGAGACUGUUUGGUGGGCAUUAAAGCAGAGCCUCUCAUUUUCUCUCUCUCUCUAACAAGCUGGAAUUUACCUGUUGACCAGAGGACUAUUGGAGUGUACAGUCAAGAAGCAUGCGCUGAAUAGCCAUUGUUGGAUUUUUGGAUGUGGGGACGGGCUGGAUAAAGCAAAGUGUGGGUGUUGAAGUGGAGGGGAGAGCCUGCUGCUGGGGUGUUGGACUUGUGGACGUGUUGGACUUGUGGACGUAAACGAGAAUGUCUUGGGAAGGUGACCCUUCCACAACAACAAUCAGCACUGUGGCUGUGCAAGCUGGGGACUCCCAGCUAGUCAUUACAGUACUGAAGUGUGGCACGCUAGUGGAGCUGCAGCUGACGGAGGCCAAGCCCAACCUGCUCGAGAUUGGCGCCAACCAGGAGGAGACCAAGAAACUCCUCACUGAGCACGAGCAGCUCCUCGCCAAGCUCAAGAAACAUGAGGAAGGCGUGUGGGCUCUGCUGGCAAAGGCGGACAGAACGGCAGAGGAGAAGGUUGGGGAGGAGGUGGUGUACGGGGCCAUGGCAGACACCCUUAGCGACGCCUGGUGGACCCUUGCCUCCCACUUGGAGAGGCGCAGGUCGCUCCUCCAGCUCGCCUCCGAGUUCUUUGACAGGGCCCUGGAGUUUGCCAUCAAAAUCGACGAGGCUGAGGAUUUCCAACGCGUCGGCCAGGAGGUCGCAGACGCCGACUCGCUCUCCAGGCUCCUCCAGAGACACAGCGUUAUUAAGCGAGGUCUUUUGGAAAAGUCAAUGCUUGUCUUGAACAAGAGUCGUGAGUUGCUGGACUACCUGAGUGACUUCCAAGUGGACGAGGCCCUACGCUUCUCCAACGCGCUGUACGGAGCCCGGUCCAGCUGCAGUAAGGUGGAGUAUCUGAUGGAGCUGCUGCAGGAUCGCCGCAGGCAGGUGGACCUACACAUGAGACGUCAGCGGCACAGGCUGGAAGUCAUCCAGAAUAUCUGCCAGUGGGAGCAGCAAGAACAGGAAGUUACACACUGGUUCAAGGAAAAUGCAGAUUUGUAUUUGGAAAAUGAUCAGCUUGGCUCCUCCCUGUCAGACAGUGAGGACCUGCUGCAGGAAUACAAGGAGUUUGAGCAGAAAGCCAAGGACUGGGGCCUGCUGGUGGAAAAGCUCCUCGCUCGAACGUCCGAGAUGCGGGCAGCCCAGGAGGAGGAGAAGGCAGAGAUGGAGGUGGAGGGUGAAGGAGACGAGUGCCCGGAGAUGGAGCGCGUGGUGGAGAAGAGUCGGACGCUGCGGGCACUGCACGAUCGCUUCUGGAGCCUGAUGAUGGGCCGCCUGGCGCGUCUCCAGGAGGGACGGGCGUUCUUCAGCAGCACUAAUGAGGCAUUCGAGGCACUGGGGACCAUUGAGAGCUGCAUGAAGAGCUUGAAGAAUCAGUCUCUGACGUUAUCAGAAAUGGCCAAGAGGCAUGAGGAGCUGCAUCGCGGCAUCAAAGAGGCCACAGCAGACCCCCUUCAGAGGGGCCAGCUCAUCCUGCAGAAGGCUACGCCAAACAGCCCACAGGUGUCAGAAGUGCAAAGGAUGCUGGGAUACAUCAAAGAGAGGAUGGAGGCUCUGAACCAAGACUGUAGUGCCCACAGAGAACUGGGAACAAAAAGACAGCAGUUGGUGUCCUCAUUUGAAGACCAGAUGGAUAAGAUCUCAGCAUGGAUUAAGAAUGCCAACACUACCCUCUCUAGCAAUACCCAUCCUGGGGAUUCACUCUCCAAGGCCGAAGAUAUUCUCAACAAGCAUGUUGAGCUGUGCUCUCAGACAGCGAAUAUUAUGGGCGAAUCAGAAGCCAUUGGCAAGCUCACCAAGGAACUGAGAGCCCUGGAGUGUCAGGAGGGGGUGGAGUUCUCCAACAAAGCGUCACUCUUGACGGAAGAGUUGAAGACCAUCACAAGGAACAUGCUGGCUCGCGUGGAGACCCUUAGACCUUACGUGGGGUUCCUGCACUUGGCAGAGGAGGUUGAGCAGCAGAUAAAGAAUUUGGUGGAGUCCUUCAAGACUAAGCCCAUUGAGGAGGAGGAGAAUGAAGAGGCUGGUGUGACACUGAAGGACAUGGCUGAUGCUAAAUGGCAGUCACUGCUGGAGAGAUUUCUCACCAUGCAGGACCUUGGAAACAAUUUCAUCAAUUCCUCGAACAUGGUGAGUGAGAAGCUGGAUCUGAAUGUGAAGGCUGCGGUGUGUGUGGUGGAGAGGACCAUGGAGGCCCUGAGUAAGAGGAAGGCUGACCUGUCCGAGGUGUGGACCUCCUGGCAGAUCCACGUCAGCCAGAUGAAGUCUGUGAAGAAGCAGUGGAAGAAGUUUAAAGAGCAGAUCAAAAAGGUAGUUCAUGACCUUCGAGCCCUGGAGGAGGUCCUCGCUCCAGCAUCCCAGGUCGAUUUGGGGAGUGAUCUGUCUUCCGUGGCCAAGCUGCAGGAAAACUUCCACUCAGCAAAACCACAGUUUCUGCAACUGAAUGCGGAGGUGGAGUACUUGGUGAAGACGUCUGAACUGCUGGCUCUGAAAGGGAUUCCCACAAAGGAGAAGAGUGAGAGAGUCACCGAACUGCUUCAGCUGCACCAGCGGGUGAAAGACAAAAUCAAGGAGUAUGAAAGUGUCCUCAGCAUGGCAGUUAAAUUCCAUCAGCUCUACAAGGAGCUGGAUAGCCUGCUGAUGGUGGAGCCGGUGACGGUUUUCAGCGACACCAGCCAGGCCAGGAUCCAGCUGUCACAGCACCAGGAGCGCCAGAGCCACUUCAGGCACUUGUACAAACUUGCCAUCUCCCUGGGGGCCGAUAUUACCACCACGGUGCAGCAGUCGCAUGCUCUGGGGUUCUCAGUUGUGCGCCUGCAGGAGAAGCUGGAUCGUUUGGAGCGGAGCAGCGCGAGCUGGAACGCCGAGGCCGAUAAGUGUGAGGAGAGCCUGAUGAGCAACGUGCAUUACUGCGUGUUCAAGGAGGAGAUCAGUGAGCUGAGGGAAUCUUUCAAAGAUCUCAAGAAGAAGUUCAACAACAUGAAGUUUAAUUACAUGAAGAAAAAUGACAAAUCAAGAAACCUGAAGGCAGUCAGAAAUCAAAUACAACAAAUUGAAAUAUACAUUGAGAAACUCCAGGUCCUGAAGAAGAAGAUGCAGACCUUCACGAUGAAGGUGUCAACCGGCACUGAGAAGCAUCUGAUUGGCAGCAGCCCCAGGGAGAUAGAGGAUGCCGUGAAUGAGCUGCAGAGACAGCUGGGCGACUUUGACAGGACGGUGGAGGAGUACAAGCAGAACCUGGACAUGACUGUUAAACUGCAGCAGGCAGUAGAGGAGUACCAGUUCUGGUGUGACGAGGCAAGUGCCACCAUUGUCCGAGUUGGGAAGUAUUCCUCCCAGUGCAAAACCAAAGAGGCAGUGAGCGUACUCUACAAGCAGUUUGAGAAGUACGUCUGGCCCACCGUACCCCAGCAGGAGGAGAGAAUUAGCCAGAUCACAGAGCUGGCCAUCCGCUUGCAUGGAUCUGACGAAGGAAAGAAGUAUGUCGACAAGACGGUUUCCAAGCACAAUGAGAUUGUCGAGUCCAUAAAGGAAUUGUGUAAUGGGCUGAUAGACCUGGAGAAUAAACUGCAGGCUGAGACUUCAAAAGAAUCGCCUGACAUAAUAGAGCGUGACAUCCCUAUACAAGUGGAACAAUCAAAGAAAAUACCAGAGAAUAACAAGUCACAGCAACAGCAAGAGUCUAUUGAUGUGGAACAGUCCGAGCCGAAAGAAACUGGACACACACCCGAGAUCACCACACCAGGACAUGACAAAGACAAAGAUGCUCCUCCAAGUAAGAAACAAGAGGUCAAAAGGCCUCAUCUCCGCAAGAGCAGAAGCCAGGACCUACCAGACAAAACGCCCCCAGUACAGAGCAAAGUGCUGUCCGAGAGCAGGACCUACACUCAGGAGGCCUAUUCGGCGACCAGCAGAGUGGAAACCAUAACGGGGAAGUCCACCAUGGAGCGCAAAGAGCAGCAUCACUCGUCUGUCACCCACAAGCACACGUUUAACGUGUCCAGGUCACCUGUGGACCGCGACAGGAAGAUCCACAUCCUCAGCCGAUCGCGGAGCAACUCUCAGGAGACCCCUCCCCCGAGCGCUCCAACAGCCCCCAGCUUCUCAGACAUCCAGCGAGAGUUCCAGAUCCCCAGGAAAGACAGGAUGGGGCCGGCCCAGAGGGCCUCACAUGAAGGUGGCCACACUGGCUCACAGGUGGGAGGCCACCCUCCAGCUGAGGAUAUCCCCGCUGCAACCGCCUCUGAGGGAGACUACCAGCAUGAUCACCUGACCGAGGAGUCGCUGUCCAAUGACGAGUACGAGUGCACCUCCCCUGAUGACAUCUCCCUGCCACCGCUGUCCGAGACACCCGAGUCCAACCUGGUUCAGUCAGAGAACGACCUAGAUGACGGCUACUGCUUCAGCUCGCACGUCAACCAAUACAGCCACCAGUCACACUCCCAGUCCCAACAGCACGGAGAUACCUUCCACCACCAAUACCACCGACACCGGGAGUGGGUCUCUAGCCAGACGGAGAGCUACCCGUCCCCCACAGGUGGCCCGGGUGCUGCCAAGUUCCGAUCUGAGUCCUCCGCAUUUGUCCACAGUCCACUGACCGUGCCUGCACCAAACCUGGUCUCCAGCACGAUCUCCAGCAUCCUCAAGAACAAACCGAGCGCCCCGCCGAAUGCGCAUCCUGCCGAUGGCGCCACAGUUGGCCACCACCAACACCACCACCACCACCACCACCACCACCAGCAGCAGCAGCAGCAGACCGUCCACUCAGUGCAUGAGAGCCACGUGAAGACCCAGGAGUGUGUGCAUGAGCCCCAGUUGGGACGAGGGGCUGCCCCUCGUGCCGGUAACACGCAUGCCGCCCCUUCCCUAUUAACCCCUGAGCAGGACCCAGACGUUUGCAAGCCCACGGCCAUCCGUGAGGAGAUCAGGCUGCCCUCCUAUGGCAGAGGCCUCGUGGGGGGGAACCUGACAGGGCAGGGCCCUAACUUCUCCAAACACAUAUCUAAUGCCACGGUAAUGGAGGGGUCGCCAGUGACCCUGGAGGUGGAAGUAACUGGAUUUCCUGAGCCUACUUUAACAUGGUUCAAGAAUGGACAAAAACUCACCGCUGACGAGCACGUAGAACUAUCCCAAAAAGAAAGCAAACAUGCCCUGUUCAUAAAGAGUGCUGCUGAGAGUGACGCUGGCCUCUAUGUCAUUGAGGCCACAAACUCAGGUGGCACCGUGACGUCCACUGGCAUGCUGCAGGUGACAGUGAGUGGAGACAGCCCCCACUUCCUCUCAAGACUGGAAGACAAGGAUUUGUUAGUGGGAGACGACCUGACCCUGGAGUGCGUCAUCUCAGGAAGACCUGUCCCUCAAGUGCUCUGGCUGAAAGAUAACACAGUUUUGGCUUACGGGGAAAGCGGGGCUGAGAGCCAAAGUGACACCCAUGUCCUGUUGAAAAAGGGUGUGGAGUCCUCAGAUUCUGGAGAAUAUGUUUGUGUGUUAAAAAAUUCUUUGGGAGAGGACUGGUGCUCUGCAAAGGUGGUUGUCAAAGAUGUCAGACAAGGUGUCACAAAUCCUGGCUCCCCAGAUCAACAUCAUGGACAAGUUGUCGUUUCAACUAAUGAACAGAUAUGUGAAGACCAAGGACAAAGAUUAGAGUGCAGAGACCAGGAGUAAGGAUAAACAAGACACAAGUGUAUUAAACCAUAUACAAUACAGCACCUCAAGUUAUAUGGUUGAACACUGUGUUCUUCUAGAUAUAAUCUUUCUACCAGUUUUUAUAAGAAAAUGUUAAAUAAGAUGCUAUUUUUCUUCACUGGAUUGGAGUUGUAGGGCGAUUCAAUUGUAGUAGUUUGUACAAUUAAAUAUCAACUGAAGAUCUAAAAGUAACCAGUGA